GGGGCGGCAGCCGGUAUUCCGUAAUCUUCCGACCUGUGCCAAGUGAAUCGGGAGCGCGGGUCUCGCCCCGAGUCUCUAGGAGAGCUCUGUAACCUGAUGUUUUAGAGGCAAAGCUGGGAGCGUGGCGGUGAAAGUCAGAUCUCUGUGUAAGAGCUGCAGAAAAUGAUCAACUUGCAGGGAUCAGUGACAUUCCCGGAUGUGGCUGUGGACUUCACCCCAGAGGAGUGGCAGCUGCUUGACUGUGAGCAGAGAACCUUGUAUUGGGAUGUGAUGUUGGAGAACUUUAGAAACCUCAUCUCAGUGGGGGGCCCAGUUACCAAAACAAAAGCGAUCUUCAAGGCAGAGCAAGGACAAGAGCCAUGGAUGAGGGAAGGGGUGAACCCACGUUGGCGCCAUCCAGAAGCUGAUUGCCUACUUGUUGAUGAAUCAGAGAAGCACCAGGAAAGCAAAGACAAUUUUUUAAAUUCAGUUUUGUUCACAUUCAAUAAAAUUCUGACUGUGGAGAGACUCCAUGGUUAUAACAUGAGCACAAGUCUUAAUCCUACAAGAAAAAAAUCAUAUAAAUGUAAAUCAUAUGGGAAGAGUUUGCAACCUACUUUAGAUUUACUUAAUUAUAAUAGAUGUUAUACUGAAGAAAACUCAUAUGAAUGCACUGAAUGUGGGAAAGCCUUCAAAAAGAAAUUUCAUUUCAUUAGACAUGAAAAAAAUCAUACAAGAAAAAAACCCUUUGAAUGCAAUGACUGUGGGAAAGCCUACAGCAGGAAGGCUCACCUUGCAACUCAUCAGAAAAUCCAUAAUGGAGAGAGACCCUUUGUGUGCAAUGAUUGUGGGAAAGCGUUUAUGCAUAAAGCACAACUGGUGGUCCACCAGAGACUCCACACGGGAGAGAAACCUUAUGAAUGCCAUCAGUGCGGGAAGUCAUUCACUUGGAACUCCUCCUUUACCCAACAUGUGAAGUCGCAUACACUUGAGAACUCGUUUGAAUGUAAGGAAUGUGGGAAAACCUUCAGGUAUAGCUCAUCCCUUUAUAAACAUUCUAGAUUUCAUACAGGAGAGAAACCCUACCGAUGUAUUGUAUGUGGCAAAGCUUUUGGUAACACGUCUGUGCUUGUUACGCAUCAAAGAAUUCAUACAGGAGAGAAACCAUAUGGGUGUAUCGAAUGUGGCAAAGCCUUCAUCAAGAAGUCACAUCUGCUUAGACAUCAGAUAACUCAUACAGGAGAGAAGCCCUAUGAAUGUAAUAGGUGUGGGAAAGCAUUUUCCCAGAAGUCAAAUCUUAUCGUACAUCAGAAAAUUCAUACAUAAUAUUCAUGUUGAAUAUGACAAAGCCUUAAAUACUAGAUAAAUCUUAUUAAAACAGAAUUCAUGGUGAGAAAUCCACCAAUUCAAAUGGAUUUGGAAGAGUAGAUUCCCAUAAAAAAGAAUCAAUGCCAAUCAUGUUCUGGAAGUGAUUAUUAAUAAAGUUUUUACAGAAAAAGUUCACAGAAAACAUUGAUUUAUAAGUAAUAGAGCAUAGAGCUUAGAAAGUGAGCAUAAAUUAAUCAAGGAAUCAGUGAAAACACUAUCUCUGAUUUUUAUUUUUAUAACAUUAUAGAAUUAUACAAGUAUGAGUAUAAAAUAUGUUUAUUACAUUAAAUUAUAUCAAUUAAAGUGAAGUACAUAUCAUUUUUUCUUCGAAUCCUAACAAUAUACAAGUGGAAAAAAUGUGGUCUAAUAUGAAAUAUGAAUUUCAGUAAUAUUUUUAUCCAUUUGCUGGCACUUUUAAUGGGUAAGGCAGUGUUACUGAUCUGUCUCCUCUUUAGUUAUAAAACUUGUUAUAAAGAUGUUUUCCUAUGUAUGUAAACAGCAAAACAACCAAGGCACCAUUUGAGAGGGAACAGCAGUUGUAUUCCGUAUUACAGUAAGUAUUCAGUUGAGAAUAAGUAUUUAAAUAAGUUUGUAAAUAAAACAUUUGCACUUCAAA